UUCUCAAUGAGGUGUUUGGUUGCUGAGAAAAUGUUCUCCCAAGCCUGAAUUUUGAGGGGCUUGCUCAAAUUUCAUUGGUUCAUCAUACAUUAACCAAAAAAGUCAAGUUUCUCGACGGUGGAGAAUGAAGACUUUUGCAGUUCAAGUUGAAAAUGGAAGGGAAGGGCGAGAUGGGAAGCCGUCUGUUGGUCCUGUGUAUCGGAAUUUUCUCGCCAAAAGUGGGUUUCCACCAAUGGAUUCCAAUUUAAAUACAGCUUGGGAUAAUCUCAGGAUAUCGAGUGAGAAGUAUCCCGGGAAUAGGAUGCUUGGAUGGCGAGAAUUCGUUGGUGGGAAGUUAGGGCCAUAUAAGUGGAAAACAUACAGGGAAGUCUAUGAGGAAAUUCUCCAUAUUGGUUCUGCAUUACAGGCGUCGGGUGCUCAACCUGGCUCCCGCGUGGGGAUUUAUGGAUCAAACUGCCCCCAAUGGAUUGUGGCAAUGGAGGCUUGCAGUGCUUACAGUUUGAUUUGCGUUCCUCUCUAUGACACCCUUGGGCCAGGGGCUGUGGAUUAUAUAAUAGAUCAUGCAGAGGUUGAUUUUGUUUUCGUCCAAGAUAAGAAAGUGAAAGAACUUCUAAACCCUGAUUGUAGAUCCGCUAAAAGGCUGAAAUUGAUGGUUUGCUUUACUUCACCGACAGAGGAACAGAAGGACAAGGCAGCCGACAUUGGAAUCAAACCAUAUUCAUGGGAUGAGUUCCUCCAUAUGGGAAAAGAAAAUCCAUCCGAGGUCUUUCCACCUCAGCCUUUGGACAUAUGUACGAUAAUGUACACAAGUGGAACCAGUGGAGAUCCUAAAGGCGUUGUUCUGACACAUGAAAAUGUUACAACAAUUGUAAGAGGGGUUGAUAUUUUUAUGGAACAGUUUGAAGACAAGAUGACAGUAGAUGAUGUGUAUCUAUCUUUCCUGCCCCUGGCUCAUAUCCUGGACCGCAUAAUUGAGGAAUAUUUCUUCCAUAAGGGUGCUUCUGUUGGGUACUAUCAUGGGGAUAUGAAUGCACUGAGGGAAGAUUUAAUGGAGUUGAAGCCAACCCUUUUUGCUGGUGUACCUCGGGUUUUCGAAAGAGUGCAUGAAGGUAUCAAAAAGGCAGUACAAGAACUCAAUCCAAUAAGGAGGAGAGUUUUCGGCAUUCUCUACAAAUACAAACUUUCAUGGAUGAAUUCAGGGUAUAAACAUAGAGAGGCAUCACCAUUGGCUGAUCUGCUAGCUUUCAGAAAGGUCAAAGCGAGGCUAGGUGGUCGGGUUCGAUUAAUAAUAUCUGGGGGUGCUCCCUUGAGCACUGAGGUGGAAGAAUUCUUGAGAGUCACUUCCUGUGCCUUUUUAACACAAGGCUAUGGGUUGACAGAAACUUGUGGAUUGACUUCCGUUGGCUUUCCGGAUGAAAUGUGCAUGGUUGGAACUGUUGGUGCAGUAUCUGUAUACAGUGAGUUGCGCCUGGAGGAGGUUCCAGAGAUGGGCUACGAUCCAUUUGGGGAUCCUCCAAGGGGUGAGAUAUGUGUGAGGGGGAAAACUGUUUUUGCUGGGUACCACAAGAAUCCAGAACUCACACUAGAAUCCAUCAGAGACGGGUGGUUUCAUACAGGAGAUAUUGGGGAGAUACUUCCAAAUGGGGUUCUCAAGAUCAUUGAUAGGAAGAAGAAUCUUGUAAAACUCUCCCAAGGAGAAUACGUCGCAGUUGAAUAUCUGGAAAAGGUCUAUGGGACAGCAGACAUUGUUGAAGAUAUUUGGGUCUAUGGAAACAGCUUUAAGUCAAUGCUGGUUGCAGUGGUUGUACCACAUGAAGAGAACACUAAAAAGUGGGCAGAUUUAAAUGGCCAUAAGGGUUCCUUAUCUGAACUAUGUUCACUUAAUCUGCUACAUAGUUAUGUCCUCUCUGAGCUUAAGGCUGCAGCAGAGUUAAGCAAGCUGAGAGGCUUUGAACACAUCAAAGGAGUAAUUUUGGAAGCCAGGCUAUUUGAAGCAGAACAAGAUUUGGUGACUCCAACCUUGAAGAAGAGAAGAGAUAAAAUGCUUAAACAUUACCAGGCCAAAAUUGAUGAACUAUAUGCAAAUUUUGGGUGAAGGGAGACACAAAGGGUAAUGUCUGGAGUGCUGUAAUAUGGUUGGGUUUGUCCAUGAACUAAAGAGUAUGAUAUGUAGUUUCACCUCCAACCAAUAAACUAGUCCCUGACACUUGCUUAAUAAAAUCAAGGCCUUGUGUGUGUUGAUACACUGAUACUUCAUUUCCUAGACAAUGUCAUCACCAUACAUCAUAAUCAUAAUCUUAAGCAUUCCAAUUUCAUUCGUAA